AUGGCCUUGCAAAAUUGUAUUGGAAUUAUUGAUGGAACCGUUAUUGGUAUUGCCCGUCCGAAGGGCCAUAAAAGGCAGCGCGUGGUAUACAACGGCCAUAAACGCAAGCACGCUCUUAAGUACCAAGCCGUCACCACGCCGGACGGCUUGAUACUACACGCAGCUGGGCCAAUUGAAGGGAGAAGGCAUGAUUGGACUUUGUACGUACGAAGCGGCCUUGAUGAGGUGCUCCCAGGUUUGUUGGAUUUUGACGGUUUGCGGUACUGCUUUGACGGUGACUCAGAGUACAACAGACGGUGGUUUAUGGAGGUGCCUUUUCAAGGAAGUAUUUUGACCGCUGCGCAAAGUUCUUUUAACGGAGCAGUGUCUGCGGUACGCAUCACUGUCGAGUGGAUCUUUAAAUAA